AAUACGGAAGCGGGUUAGGGUUGAUAAAUAAUAAACAAUUUCACAAUUCCUCAUUUCGUCCCUUUAACCCCUUAAGAAGAAUGCCCAAAGAAAAAUCCAAGUCCCGCCAUCGCAGCCGCAGUCGUGAGCGGCGAGAUCAUCGCAGUCCGGAUCUAAAAAGCAGCAGGAACAGAGAUCGGGACCGCGAUCGUGAGCGGGAAAAGGAGCGCGACCGCAGGGACUACAAGGAUAAGGAGCGUGAUCGGCACAGGGAGAAGGACAAGAGCAGAGACAGAAAACGCGAGCACAAGAGCAGGAGGCGCAGGUCCUCAUCCUCCAGCUCGUCAUCAUCCAGUUCGUCACCCAACUCUGCGUCCGGAGGCCCUCGCUCGCCGUUGGCCAAAAGCUCUAUGAAGUUGCUCCAAACCCUGGAGGCGCGUCGUCUUGUCGAGCAAAAAGAACGCCAACGGAAAAAAGAAGAGCUGAAGGCCCAGGAAACACCCGAGGAGAAGCGUGCCCGUCGCCUGCGCGAAAAGCAGGCCAAGGAGCAGCGGCGUCGUGAGCGAAUGGGCUGGGACAACGAAUACCAGACGUAUUCCAACGAGGACAACCCCUUUGGCGAUUCUAAUCUCACCUCUACAUUCCACUGGGGCAAGAAGCUGGAGGUAGAAGGCUUAUCCAAUCUCUCCACCAAAACCGUAGAGGUUCUGUCACUGCAAAAGCAGCUGGAAAAUCGCAGAGAGCUGGAAAAGGUGAAGAAACGGCGGCAGGAGAGGGAACUGGAGCGGCAGGUGCGUGAAGAUGAUCUUAUGAUGCAGCAGCGGGCCAAAGAAGCAGUACAGUUCCGCGAGUGGCAGCGCCAGGAGGAUCAGUUUCACCUGGAACAGGCUCGCUUGCGCAGUGAGAUUCGCAUCCGCGAUGGCCGGGCCAAACCCAUUGAUCUCCUCGCUCAAUAUGUGGCCGCUGGAAAUGCGCCACUCGAGGAUUCUCUCGAAAUGCAAAUGCAUGAGCCCUAUGUUCUGCUAAACGGCCUGCCCAUGGAAGAGCUGGAGGACCUACUGGUGGAUAUAAAGGUCUACGAAGAGCUGGAGCAAGGAAAGCACAUAGAUUUCUGGAACGACAUGAUCACCAUUGUGCAAGAUGAACUGCAGCGGCAACAGAAGCUGAAUGCGGAAAGCAGUUCGAUGAAUCAGCGAAGGGAUGGCAUUCACCAGGCUGUCGUCAAGGAUGUGGCGGAUAUCUUCAAGGGUAAGAACGCCCAGCAGCUAGAGGAGAUGAGGCAGCGCAUCGAGGCCAAAAUAAGUGGACGGGCGGACGGCGUCGACAUCAGCUACUGGGAGAGCCUGCUUUCGCAACUCAAGGCUCACAUGGCGAGAGCUCGUCUGCGGGACCGUCAUCAGGCCUUGUUACGGGAGAAGUUGUUGCUUUUAAAGCGGGAGAAUGACGAUGAUGCGACGCAGGAGGAGACGGCAUCGCAAGUCAAAGAAGAGCAGAUGGAAACCCAAGACAUUGACGUCCCUGAGAAUGGGGAGAGCUCACCAGUGGAAGAAGAUGAUCCCCUCAGGGAGCUGCGCGAUGCAGUGCGCCUUUACCAAGCAGGAAACUAUAGUCCGCGCUACAUACGCGAAGAGGAUUUCACUGGCAGACGAGUGCAAUCCGAAGGCAACGACGAGCCGGAGACAGAUGGAGCCCUUUACGAGGAGGAGGAUGAUGAGCGGCGGACGCAGAGAGCGCGUCUGCUUAUCCUUCACCCAGAACGCGUAGACACCACUAACUUGACGCCGCAGGAGCUGCGGAUGCGCAACGAAGCCAGGAAGGGAAUGCAGGGUGACGAGGCGGAGUUCAGUGUGGAGACAACCCUUGAUGCAGUGCCUCAACUGGCCACCGACAAAUACCGUCCCCGCAAGCCGCGCUACUUCAAUCGCGUGCACACCGGUUUCGAGUGGAACAAAUACAACCAGACGCAUUAUGACAUGGACAAUCCACCGCCCAAGAUCGUGCAAGGCUAUAAAUUCAACAUAUUCUAUCCGGAUUUGAUGGAUAAGUCGCAGACACCGCAGUACUUCCUCACACCUUGUGCCGACAACGGGGACUUUGCUGUGCUGCGCUUCCACACCGGACCGCCGUACGAGGAUAUUGCCUUCAAGAUCGUCAACCGGGAGUGGGAGUUUAGCUACAAGCGGGGAUUCCGCUGUCAGUUCCACAACAACAUCUUCCAGCUGUGGUUCCACUUCAAGCGAUAUCGCUACAGGCGGUGAAAGGUUGGCUGGCGAUGUGUAGAACUUACCGUGGAUGACCUGAAACUUCUUUUUUUUUGUAGCCUUUGUUAUGUCGAAAUAAAGUGUAAGAACAUAAA